UUAAUACCACGAAGCAAUGUUUACUCAACAUAUCAAAACAAUUUACUUAACUCCAUAAAUUAAAACCGAUCUUCAAAACAUUUUCCCAUAGAAAUAAACGUUAAAUAAAAUGCCAAACCUGUCAGAAAACAUUAUGAAAAGAAAACGAAUGUAUAUAGCCGGCCUGGCUGGACUUGGCUUAAUAAUAUUGGUAUCGAUCUACAAUAGUAGAAACGGGGAAGGAAGACAAUCUGAAAUUCGUAAAUGUUUCUUCUGUGAUUUCGCCCACCAUGUCCAAGGACCUCCACCAGUUUUAGAAGUUGAGACUGAUGAAUAUGUGAUAUUCAAGGACAAAUAUCCUGCAUCUACAUUUCAUUACCUGGCUAUUCCUAAAGAGCACUUUGAUAGCUUCAAAUCACUGAACAAAUCCCACCUUGGAUUGGUUCAACGCAUGGACGCGGGAAUGAAGGAGUUUCUGAAGUCGAAGAAUAUAAAUCCUGACAAGGCUAUUAUUGGGUUCCAUAUGCCACCAUUUAUAUCAGUUCACCACCUACAUAUGCAUGGCAUUUAUCCGCCCUCCGAAAUGAGCUUCGGUAACAAGAUCAACUUUUUCUCUUCAUUCUGGUUUAAAACGGUUUCGAAAGAUGCAAUAAGUGAUUUAAAGGACCGGGAACUUUAAUUUAAAUAUACAAAAUUAAUAGUUAAAGAUAUGACUACCAAUGGUUGCUACAAUAUGUGUUCCCCAGUGAUAACGGACCUCAGAACCUAGGAUUGUACAAAUUUACAAAUCAAUAAAUGAUUUAAUAAAUGUUUACAAUUUAUUAUAAUA